CUCUUUUUAAACCAGCCCAAAAUUCUACUAAAUCAUAAUUUUUGGAGUCAAUGAUCGAGUGUCUUUUAAAACCAGCACAAAACAUUAAACAGUCACAAAAUCAGUCCAGCCAUCAUCAUCAUUAAUGGCGAAAAGUUCGAAGCUUUUUUAAAAUCCUAAAACCUCCAAAUCAUCAUCAAUGGCUACAAAACCCAUGAUCAAAUCUCGCUCAAUUUUAGAACCCAUUUCACAAUUCAAUCUAUCUUCAUCAUCAUCAAUUCGAUCUUUAUCACUUUUUUCUCCAAAUUCCCAUAUCUAUGUUGGCACACUUUCUGGUAAUCUCAUCUUACUUUCUAUUAAUAGUAAUAAUGGAAAAUAUGAAGUUAAAUAUGUAAGGCAUAUGUUAGUUAGUGAUUGUGAAGUAGAAUCUAUACAUAUAUUUAGUGAAAUUGAGAAGCUUUUAGUUGUUUCAGAUGGGUUUAUACAUUUUCUUGAUUUUGAGUUACUUAAGCCUGUUAAAAAGAUUAGUGCUUUGAAAGGUGUUAGUGUUGUUGCUAGGAGGUUUAGGAGUAAUGGGUAUGGCCCGUUUUCGAAGUUGUCCGUGGGGAAUGGCGAGGCCGGGGACCGGGUUGGUGGGUCGGGUUUUUUGCAAAGGUUUGGUGGUAGUGGUGGUGGUGGGAGGGCGAAUGGUGGUGGGAAUGAUUUGCCUAUUGAUGAUAAUUGUGUUUUUGUGGCGGCGGUUGGGAAGAAGUUGGUUAUAGUGGGACUUGUUGGUAGGAGUGAGGAGAAUAGUUAUAGUAGUGUUGCAGGGUCACUUGUGACGUUGAAAGAGAUAGUAUGUGUUGAUGUAGUUAAGGAUGUGGUUUGGGUUGAUGAUUCGAUUGUUGUUGGUUGUUCGAGUGGUUACUAUUUGUGUUCGUGUGUUACGGGUCAAUGUGGGUUGAUAUUUUCGUUGCCGGAUGUGUCUAGUACGCCACGGCUUAAGGUUUUAAAGAAAGAUUAUAAGGUUCUUAUGAUGGUUGAUAAUGUUGCGAUUAUUGUUGAUUUACACGGGCAACCGGUUGGUGGAAGUUUGGUGUUUCAUGGAUCUCCAGAUGGUAUUGGUGAAUUGGGGUCGAGUGUGGUUGCUAUUCGCAGUGGGAAGAUGGAGUUGUAUGUUAAGAAAACGGGGAAUUGUGUUCAGAAAAUUGUGGUCGCCGAGGGGGGCGGUCGGUGUGUUAUAACAGAUGAUGAAGAUGGAACUGGAAAGAUGGUGGUGGUUGCAACAUCAGACAAGGUUAUUUGCUACUUGAAAGUACCUGCUGAAGAACAAAUUAAGGAUUUUUUGAGAAAGAAGGAUUUCACGGAGGCUACUUCCUUAGCUGAGGAGCUUCAUGAUGAUGGUGAUAUUACCAGGGAAACUUUCUCACUUGUUCAUGCUCAAGUAGGAUUCUUGUUGAUGUUUGACUUGCAUUUUGAGGAAGCAGUGAAUCACUUUCUACUAUCUGAAACACUUCAGCCUUCUGAAAUAUUUCCAUUCAUCAUGCCAGAUCCAAACCGUUGGUCAUUACUGGUACCUAGGAAUCGUUAUUGGGGUUUACACCCUCCACCUUCCCCUCUUGAGAGUGUUAUUGACAAUGGAAUAAUGGCUAUUCAAAGAGCCAUCUUUCUUAAAAAAGUAGGAAUGGAGACAGCCGUGGAUGAUGAGUUUCUUUUGAAUCUUCCAAAUAGAGAUGAUUUAUUGAACUCCGCAAUCACAAAUUUAAUCAGGUAUUUAAAAGCUUCACGUGAGAAAGACCUGACAUCCUCUGUCAGGGAGGGAGUUGACACACUAUUAAUGUAUCUCUAUAGAGCUUUGAAUCUUGUCGAUGAAAUGGAGGGGCUUGCAUCUUCUGAAAACUGGUGUAUAGUGGAGGAGUUGGAAAAGUUACUGAAUGAUUCGGGGCAUUUAAGGACACUUGCUUUCCUUUGUGAAAGCAAAGGGAUGAGCUACAAGGCCCUUGCAAUUUGGAGAAUAUUGGCAAGAAACUAUUCAUCUGGCUACUGGAAGGACCCUACACAAACAAACAAAAAGCAAGAAGUAGGUGUAAAUCUUAUCUCAGGCAAAGAGACUGCAGCCACUGAAGCUUCAAGGAUUCUUGAGAAACUAUCUGACCAAGAUCUGAUACUGCAACAUCUUGGAUGGAUUGCAGAUAUCAACCAGGUGCUUGUUGUUCAAGUGUUGACAUCUGAAAAACGGAGUCAUCAACUUUCACCAGAAGAAGUAAUUGCUGCAAUUGAUCCAAAGAAAACCGAGAUUCUUCAGAGAUAUCUUCAGUGGUUGAUUGAAGAUCAAGACUCUGAUGAUCCUCAGUUCCAUACAUCAUAUGCUCUGUUACUUACCAACUCAGCACUUGAAACUUAUGAAACUGAAAGUCCAUCGAAGAAGAUCAACGAUUUACAGGCAGAAAGGCAUUCGAUAUUCCAAAAUCCGGUUAGAGAGAGAUUACAAGUCUUUUUACAAUCUUCGGACUUGUAUGAUCCUGAAGAGGUUCUUGUUUUGAUUGAAGAAUCGGAGUUAUGGAUGGAGAAGGCUAUUGUUUAUCGAAAACUAGGGCAAGAAACAUUGGUGCUCCAAAUCCUGGCCGUGAAAUUGGAGGACAAUAACGCUGCUGAACACUAUUGUGCCGAAAUUGGUAGACCAGAUGCCUAUAUGCAGUUGCUUGAUAUCUAUCUAAACCCCACAGAUGGCAAGAAGCCAAUGUUCAAAGCUGCUGUUCGGCUUCUUCAUAAUCAUGGAGAAUCACUUGAUCCUCUGCAAGUUCUUGAGAGAUUAUCCCCAAAUAUGCCUUUACAACUUGCUUCUGAUACAAUAUUAAAAAUGCUAAGAGCUCGUUGUCAUCAUCAUUAUCAAGGACAAGUUGUCCAUCGUUUAUCCCGAGCUGUUAACGUUGACGCAAAUUUAGCAAGAUUAGAGGAAAGGUCCCGACUUGUGCAAAUUAACGAUGAGAGUCAAUGUGAUUCUUGUCACGCGAGACUUGGAACAAAGUUAUUUGCAAUGUAUCCCGAUGACACCAUAGUUUGUUACAAGUGUUUCCGACGCCUGGGAGAGUCCACAUCUGUAACAGGUCGUGACUUCAAUAAUGACCCUGUCUUCAAACCAGGCUGGCUUGUUACCGACUGAUCGCAAAUACAUGUUGGGCACUAUCUUAAUUUGCUCCUGUGUGCUAAAUUUGUCUCUCUUUUUCACAAGAUACCCAGGUGAUGAGUGAGAUCCAUCAUGUUUCUGCCUUGUAUUGUUUUAUAGAUGCUGAAGGUUGAAAUCUGAAACCACUUGAAAAUUGUAUAAACAGGAGUCAGCACUGUUCAACCGGUACAUACAUAAUAGUUGAGACCCAUACAACAACAAACUAGACAUGUUUAGUUUUUCACUGAUGCAAGAGCCUAACUUUGUAUGUUGUCACCCAAGAUGUGGAUGAAGCGUUCACUUGUAUAUCAAAUGCUCGCAUUCUGUGUAAUCAAGUAUGUAAAUGGAAAACUGUAUUUGAAGUUUUGUUGGUCAUAAAAGUAGAAUUACUUGUAAUGAAUCAUUUGAGUUCGUGUGUGAGCUGCAUAUGGGAAACCUAGCCGAAUUAACCGAUAUGAGUUAGUUGCGAUCACACCUCAUGGCAAUAGUAUUUAUUAGUUUUUAGAGUAUAAAUGCAGGGUUAUCCUAUGUUUUGUAAAUGGAAGGUGAUAUUAGUACCACAACAUUUGAUUAAUGUACAACAAUCAAGCAUUGUUAA